AUUUCAAACAACAACAACCUAAUUGUGCCGCUCUCUUCAAGUUUAAACUUAUUUUUUAUUUAAAGACAAAUAACAUAUAAAAAAUAAUACCUUUUGGUGAAAAUGAGCUCCCGCAAGAACAACACAAUCAGCAGCCAUAGCAGUGAUGCCGCCAAUGCAAUUAGUUAUGUACGAGAUUUUAGCACACAAGCCGCUUUGUAUCGCAACAACAAAUCGGAGGAUUCCCUGAUACUAUUGAAUCGCAGUGCCUCCCUGCUCAGCACGACCAUACAAUCGCAACAUUUUGCUCCGGGCAAUUUGGAAGUAUCCAAAUUCUAUAUUGAUUUGCAUGCUGUUAUGGGAAGUUUAUCCUCCGAUUCGGAUGCUUUGUGGGCAUGCGUAUCGUUGCUGCAGCAUUGUUCGAAAAAUCUGGAUGCCCGCAAAUCCAUUGUGGAUGAAUAUCGUUUUAUACCAUUGCUUACAUUUCUGCUGAAACGUACAACCGGUGGGGAUAAACAGCAAAAGGUGUUGACCCUUUUGCAGGAGCUUACGUUUGGCAUACAAAUAACGUGGGAGGAGCCAUAUAUUGUGGUAUUGCUGGAACAAUUGGUACACAUUGUAUAUCAGGCCACAGAGGAGGGUGAAGAAACGCACGCCCAGCUGGCUUUGUCGGUGCUCAUCAAUUUAUGCUACAAGAACUUUGUUGUUCUCUUUUUAUUUUUACGUUCCGUAAAUAUCUCGACCUUUAGUCGACGCAUACAGAACUAUGGUGUGUUGGCGAAUAAAAUGCUAAUUAUUCUAUCGGAGGAUAUCCAUUCACCGGACCAGAAGGAAUUGCAUUUGUUUAUACGCUCGUGUUUUGCAACCGUCGAUGAGUGCAUUAAACACUGGAAUGUUCCGCAUUUGAGGCAUAUUGUGGAAUUUCUAAAAGAUUCCAAGGCACAUAGUGGUCUGCAUCAGGCCAUGAUGAGUUAUCAAUUCUAUUUUGAGGAUAUUGAAAAAUUAUUGGAUCGCCUAGAAGCUCGACGAGCAAUGGACGAUUCAAACGAUGAUUCUCGAAAACAUCAACAAAUAUGUAUGGGCUUGUUGUUCGAGUUGAUGGAGCACAUUAUGGAUCUGUCGGGUCAAAUAGAUGAGGAGGGUAAAGAAAAUGCUGCAAUUAGUUUAGAUUCAAAUAUACCAAGAAUAUUUGAACUUUUAUCGAAUUGGUUGCAAUCCGAAAUUUGUGGUGUUCAGGCCAUUAAUCUACUGGAUAGUUUGGUGAGAUUGGCCAAAAAGGAAUCCAUUGCUCCUCGCAUUUCACGUGAUCCUUCUAUAAUAAUACAGUUAAUAACAACGUCAGAAAAACCGGAAACAUCCCCUUUACACACCGCUGCAGUUUUACAAUUAUUGGUCUCAUUGCUGCACCAAACGAAAACGGAAAAGCUAAUACUCUCCAAAAUUACAGAAUCCUAUUUUGAUAAAAUAUUUGCCCCACUACUGGCGGUGAAGCCAGAAAUGCCCGACAAUUGUUUGUCCAUGGAGGAGAUAGAAAAAUCCAUAUUUUGUUUACUUUUAUUAAUCAAUUUUACCGAUAUUGCCAAGAAGGCAUAUUUUGAGAAGUGUUGCAAUCUAUUGCAAUUACCACAGAUACAACAUGCCCUGGCCAGAGCCAUGGUGAGCGGUGGGGAGCGAGUGUGUUCGGCCGUCUUUCAAAUAUCACAAUUUGAACAUUUUCCCCAGUAUGAGGUGGCCAAGCACAUUUCCAAAUUGAAUUCAUCCUCCAAUCAAAUCCAUUUGUCAUCCCCCGUGCCAAACGGUGAUCAAUGGCGUAAUUUGAAUGCAAUUCUGAAAAGUCACAAAACAUUUGCCAGCAAGGAACUGGAGGAACGUUUAAAUGCCUUAAUUGAACUUAUCUCAAAUGCCGAAAGAAAUAAUCAAUUAAAUAAUGUGGCCACAUCACAGAUAAUGGAAUUAUUUAAUUAUAAAAUAAAGAAUUUACAGGCGGCCGAGGCCAGCAUGCAAAAACGUUUGGAAGAUGCCAGCAAUGAGAUAACCCACUUGUCGCAGCGCAUCAACUUUCAAAAUGCCGAGCUGGAGAAAUAUCACACAAUGAAUUUUGAAUUACACAUCAAUCAAGAGUCUCUUCAAACUCAAUGUAAAGAUUUGAAACAUCAAAAGGAUAAUUUAAAACGUAACAUGACCGAACUAAUGAAGAAAUUGUCGGAACAAUCGGAAGCCCUGCAAAUUAGUGAAAAACGUUUGGCCGUCAAAGUUUCAGAAAUGAUUGUUUUGCAAAAGGAACACAAUGAUCUCAAGGAACAGUUGCAAGCCAAGACAGAAGAGUUGGAUAAGUUACAUACGGCCUCCAAAGAAAGUUCAUUGCGCAUUGAUAAACUCAAGAAGACCAUUGCCGCCUAUGAAGUGGAUUUGAAGGAUAAAACCCGGCACAUUGAGGAGAAAGAAAAGGAGCUGGCUAAGACACAAAAGGCUCUGGAAGAACAAAGGGAUGCUAAAAAGAAAUCAGAUGGUGUUAUUACGGUGCUGGAGUCGCAGCUGCAAGAGAAAAACGAACAAAUCCGCAAUUACGAAUUGGAAUUGAGUGAAACGGAAGAGUUGCGCAAAACCAUUAUGAGUCUGAUGGAGAGUAAGAAACCCAAGCGGAAAUAGAUUUGCAAUUUGGCGUUUUCGCAUGGAAGGAAGGUGCAAGGGCAAAAAUUCAUGUAGAAAGAUGUUGGAAUGAUGUGGCAACACUUCCAUUUUUAUAAAUGUUAUCAUUAUUGAUUCGAAAAAUUAUAGGGUGAAAUAGUAUUUAGAAUAUAGAAUUUAUUCGCUAUGUUUAAAGUGACCAGUAAUUAGAGGAUGGUAGAAGAUUUUUUCCUAAACUCUCUGGAUAGCAUUAUGCAUUUGAACCAUCGAACCAACUUUAUAAUUUUAAUUUCUAAUUUUUUUUAUCUAAUUAAUUUCCUAAUUGUAUAAUAAUAAGCAAUGGCAACAUUUUCUUUUUUAUAAUUGUACAAAAUUUAUAAUAUUAUUAUUUAUUUCAACUAGUUUCGAUUUCGUCUUUAUGGUCUUAAAUUGUAUCUAAAUUAUGCAUUUUUGUUUUUUUUUAUUAAAUUGAUUAGGAAUUAAAACUCUCACAUCAAGAAAAUUAUUUAUAAACACUGUCUAAUUAUACAUAUUAUUUAUUUAAUUGCAUUGUCCGUUUUCUUCUCAUUUUUAGUUUUAAAUAUUUUAUAGGAAAUAAUACAAAACAAUGACCUACAAAAGAAAAAAA